CGCCUGCUACUCGCGUGCGCAAGCGCCGCUACCGGCCGGUCGCUGAAUCAUUUAGCACCCGACCGCGAAACGGCGCGCGCGUCUCUAGGUGUAAUUUAAACGGUUUCGCUAUAGCGAAUAUUUCUACAAGUUUGAUAAGAUUAUAACAUCACUGAAUGAUAACGUUCGUGAAGCAUCGAUUCGUCUUACGAGGCGGACACUCAUCGUCAGUUGUGGAUAUGCGGCGGUGGCAGUGAAACAGUGUUAAAACCAAAGACUUAGUGGAAGUGUGAAUUGUGUGCGAUAAUUUGUCGGAUGUCGCGGCACGCACCAUGGGGACGGCGAAGAGACUGAAGAUAACAGUCGUCGGGGACGGUAUGGUCGGCAAGACCUGCCUCCUCUACGUGUACACUAAAAAUAAAUUUCCUGAGGAAUACGUGCCCACUGUGUUCGAUAACUACGUGGGUCGCGCCACAGUCGACGGCGAGGAAGUGGAGAUGGCAUUGUGGGACACAGCGGGUCAAGAAGACUACGAACGCUUAAGACCACUCUCUUACAACCACACAAAUUGCUUCCUGGUGUGCUACUCGGUGGGCACGCGGUCCUCCUUCGAAAACGUCGUGCAUAAAUGGUAUCCAGAACUUAAACAUUUUAGCGCUUCCGUACCUAUCGUAUUAGUUGCUACAAAAACAGACCUGCGGACAUCAGGAAAGGCAGUUAUAACUACGCAAGAAGGAAAGAAAUUAAAAAGGAAAAUUAAGGCUGCUCAAUUGGUGGAAUGCUCGGCGUUGGAACGCGAAAACGUCGACGAAGUUUUCAUUGAAGCCGUGCGGGCCGCACUGCGCAAAAAGCCCAUCCAUAAACGCACCUGCCAAUAUCUCUGAUUUGAUUACUUUAAAUUCUAUAAACUUACAGUAUAAUUUAAAAUGUUAUGAGAAAACUAUUCUGUUAGAAAUAAUGCUUAAUAUAAUUGAGUAUAAUGCAUUUAAAAGUAAAAAUCAAAGUUAUUUAUGAUAUUAUCUUAUAAUAUUGUUUUUGGUAUGUACAAAUUAAAUUUAAUAUUCAAAUUAAAUAUUCACGCUGCGAAUGGUAAGCUUUCACUAAAGAUUUUUUGAAAUUAUAAUUGAUAGGCAUCACAGUAUUUUGUAUGUAAUUACAAUUAGUAUUUUGUAGGUACGUGUACAUAAAGAAAUGCAAUGUCAAGAAAUGGAAAUAUCAAUUUUAUUAAUUUCAUACACCAUUUUUACUAUUUUUGAUAGAACGGAAUCUACGGAAGAUGUAGAUGGUACGAAUAAAUGUUAGUAAAAUCAUGUAUAAUAUACUUGUAUUAUUUUGAUUUUCCAUCACCUUUACUUUUUCGGGAAUUAUGUAUAUGAUCAAAGAAGAAAAGAAAUAAUGAUACCUAUAUGUCGAACUGCAGGGGCAGUUUACCCAAAUCUCAGCACAACGUAUGUGUCUUUUAAGGCCCUUAUGCUUUAUAAUCUCUGUUCACAUGCUAGUUAGGUACCGGUUAUACAUACAACCGCGUCGUCGCUAGUGUUGUGUGUUGGGAAAUUUCCAUUUCAUGUUUUUUCACUCACACUCACAAUCUCAAAUCAUCAUCAAUCGUUUUUUAGAAAAACAAAAUGUUUUUCUGAUAUUUUUCCGAUAUUUUCCCUACGUUUUUCCACAUUUGAUACCUGAUAAAAGUUGAAGAUAUUGAACUCUAUUAUGAGAAAAUAAGUUUAACAGGUUCAAAAAAUUAUAUUAAUGCUUAGUAACUAUUUAUUAGUCACUUUUAAACCUAAGCGAGGGUUUUGAAGCAGAAGUUUUGUAUGGCAGUAAAUAAUGUGAGCCCGCUUUUUUGCUGGGUCGAUACGUAAAAAAAAGAUAAGUAAAGAUGUAGAAGUAUUUUUUAUUGACUCUGUUAUUUAAAAAAAAUUAAAUAUAUGCCUUAAGCGUAUUUAAGAUCUAAAAGAAAUUAUUUAAAUGGCUGCAAACACCUGUUAUCCUGUUUGACGC